AUGGCUUCCGCAAUGACGCUCCGGUUCUCGGUCCAGAGCAGCGAGUUGCUAGGCAAGAGCCUGGUGAAGGCUUCCAGCCUGAAGCCUAAGAGCACAGCCAAGUGCAGCUCUCGCUCUCAAAACUGCCCCCGUCUCGUCGCAAAAGCCAUGGCUUCUGCUGCUGAAACAGCGACCAAGUCAGAGGGCGGUCUCCGCGGCAACCUCAAGAAGGUUGUUCUCGCCUACAGCGGCGGACUGGACACAUCCGUCAUCGUGCCAUGGCUGCGUGAGAACUACGGCUGCGAGGUGGUCUGCUUCUGCGCGGAUGUGGGUCAGGGCGUGGGCGAGACCGACGGGCUGGAUGCCAAGGCGAAGGCGAGCGGCGCUAGCCAGCUGUUCAUUGGAGAUCUCAAGGAGGAGUUUGUACGCGAUUAUGUCUUCCCCUGCAUUCGCGCUGGUGCGGUGUACGAGCGCAAGUACCUGCUCGGGACGUCCAUGGCUCGCCCUGUCAUCGCCAAGGCGAUGGUGGACGUGGCGAAGCAGGUGGGGGCGGACGCGGUGGCGCACGGGUGCACGGGGAAGGGCAACGACCAGGUCCGGUUCGAGCUCACCUUCUUCUCGCUCGACCCCAAGCUGCAAGUCGUCGCGCCGUGGCGCGAGUGGGACAUCCGCGGCCGCGAGGACGCCAUCGAGUACGCCAAGAAGCACAACGUGCCCGUCCCCGUUACAAAGAAAUCCAUCUACAGCCGCGACCGCAACCUGUGGCACAUCAGCCACGAGGGCGACAUUCUGGAGGACCCAGCUAACGAGCCGGCCAAGGACAUGUAUGUGAUCUCAGUGGACCCUGAGGACGCCCCCAACACGCCCGAGUACGUGGAGGUCGGCAUCGAGAAGGGCAUCCCCGUCUCCAUCAACGGCCAGACGCUCUCCCCGGCCAACCUCCUCGCAGCAGCCAAUGAGAUCGGAGCGCGCCACGGCGUCGGCCGCAUCGACAUGGUCGAGAAUCGCCUUGUCGGGAUGAAAUCCCGUGGCGUGUAUGAAACCCCCGGAGGGACCAUUCUUGCAACUGCGUGCCGGGAGCUGGAGGCGCUGGUUCUCGACAGGGAGACCAUGCAGACUAAGGACCAGCUGGCUCUGAAAUAUGCCGAGCUUGUGUAUGCCGGUCGGUGGUUCGACCCCCUGAGGGACGCCCUGGAUGCAUUCAUGGUGUCUGUGAGCGAGAAGGUGACUGGGUCUGUGAAGCUCAAGUGCUACAAGGGGUCGGUGAAUGUGGCCUCGCGUGUGUCACCGUUCUCGCUCUACAGGGAGGAUAUUUCGUCUUUUGAGGAGGGCAGUGGUGUGUACAACCAGGCUGAUGCUGCUGGCUUUAUCCGCCUGUAUGGGCUGCCUACCCGCGUGCGUGCCAUGCAGGAGCAAGGGUUACAUGAAAUUUUAGGAGGUUACAUUUUUGUUUGCAACAACGAGACGAUGCACGAAGACUUGGAGCGACAACUCUUCGGGCUUCCCCAGCGAUACCGCGACUCCGUGCGAGCAAUUCAACCAGGCCUUCCCCUCUUUCUGUACAACUAUACUACCCACCAGCUCCAUGGAGUAUUCGAGGCUGCAAGCUUUGGCGGCACAAACAUUGACCCGACGGCCUGGGAAGACAAGAAGGUGAAAGGAGAGUCUCGGUUUCCUGCCCAAGUUCGCAUCAGAAUUCGCAAGUUCUGUCGAGCCCUUGACGAAGAAGCGUUUCGGCCUUUCCUCUUCCAUUACGACGGUCCCAAGUUCAGACUAAUGCUCUCCGUCCCUGAGACACUUGCACUUCUGGACUUAUUUGAGGAGAACAAUUUCCCGUAUCAAUACUUCAGUCACUUCAACAGCUGGCACGAGAUCUUAGGAGGAUACAUCUUUGUAUGCAACAACGAUACAAUGCAGGAAGACCUGAAACGCCAAUUGUUCGGCCUACCACAACGAUACCGCGACUCGGUUCGCUCCAUCCAACCCGGGUUACCGUUAUUCCUGUACAACUACACGACGCAUCAACUACACGGGGUUUUCGAAGCCGCGAGCUUCGGAGGCUCCAACAUCGAUCCGACCGCGUGGGAAGACAAGAAGGUGAAAGGCGAGUCGCGGUUCCCGGCGCAGGUUCGGAUCCGGAUCCGCAAGGCGUGCAGAGCGUUGGAGGAGGACGAGUUUCGACCCGUGCUGCAUCACUACGAUGGCCCGAAAUUCCGGCUCAUGCUGUCCGUUCCCGAGACGCUGGCCUUGCUUGAUCUAUUUGAAGGCAACAACUUCCCGUUCCGAUACCCAAGCAACAGCAGCAACUCCUGGUGCCUCAAGACCCCUUCCCUACCGCCGCAGCAACUUUUCAAGCCCAAGCGGAUUAUGGCAGGAUAA